AGAGUCAACAGAAAACCUCCAGAGAGAGAAGAGUCACGGAAAUCUCCAACAAUGGCAUCUUUGGUCGCUGGGACGAUUCUCAUGAGUUUGAUGAUCAGUGGGCAUGGUGUGUACAGUCAGGAUUGUGGAAUUGCACCCCUGAACACAAGGAUUGUUGGGGGUGCCAACACAGCAUCUGGAGCGUGGCCUUGGCAGGUCAGUCUGCACUACGACCCUGUGGGGUUCCACAUCUGUGGAGCGACUGUCAUCAGCAACGAUUGGUUGCUCACAGCAGCGCACUGCAUUCUGACUACUUCACCUUCAGCGUAUACCGUCUACUUGGGCCGACAGAACCAGACGGGUUCCAAUCCCAACGAGGUGGCGCGGAACUUGUCCCGGGUCAUUGUUCAUCCCGAUUACAACAACCAAACAUUAGACAAUGACAUAACUCUCCUGAAGAUGGAGACCCCUGUUAACUUUACCAACUACAUCCGACCUGUCUGCCUGGCAAGCAACUCCAGCGAGUUCCACAACGGCACCUUGGGCUGGUCCACUGGAUGGGGCAAACUUGCCGCCAACAGACCAUCUCCUGAAUGGCUGCAGGAGGUGCAGAUCCCGGUGAAUGGAAAAAAACUUUGCACUUGUGCUUACGAGUUUGUUGGAAUCACGAAUCAGAUCAAGGAUAAUAUGAUCUGCGCUGGAGAAGAAAACAAAGGAGCAUGUCAGGGAGAUUCAGGCGGACCACUGCAGUUCAAACAAAACUCCAGUUGGAUCCAGGCAGGCGUCACAAGUUAUGGCAUCCCGUGUGCUCUAGGUAUCCCAGAGGUCUACGCCAGAGUCUCAUUUUUCCAGGACUGGAUCACCAGCCAAGUGGGAGGAGCCAAUGUUGAGUUUGUGACGUUCACGUCCAACGGAAACGACCCGGAUGAUAGCUUUGUAUGUCCCCGGGUCACUGACCAGACCACCCCGUCUCCCAAUUCUACAACAUCCAGGAGCCCCACUUCUGUAGCACUCACAUCUCCUUUCGUGCUGCUGGUGACUCUGAUUUUGUGUCACACCUUUGUACGCUAGCAGGUUCAUCAAAAAUGAAUCAUUAGAGUUAAAUAUGAUUUUUUUUUGACAUCACAGAAAAUAUGAUUUAACUGUCCAUCAAAAAUACUUAUUACAUCACAUAUUCCUAAAGCCUAGAAAAGAAAAAGAGUCUCAGACUCAUUUUGCCCAGGACUCAGGAGUCAAAAUAUGUAUUAUAUAUAUAUAUAUAUUUGCUCUGAAUCAUUACUCGAAUCACAAAUGUCUGUUUAUUUGCACUUAUGUGAUGCAUUUUUUGUUCAUUUUAUGCAUAAAAGAAAAAUGAUUAAGCUGCCAUGAAGAACAGCAGGAGUUGUGUUGAAUAUAUGAUUCCUCUUCCAACCUAUAUAACAUCUUCGUAUUGAAUGUUUGUCAUUGCACAGGGACAUGAAAAAGUACUUCAAAUAAAAACGUAAAAUGAAGAGGAGAAUCAUAUAAGAUUCACUCUCACAUGGACACACAAAAGCUUCUCAAAAUGAAGGCAAUGAAAACCUCUGGUGACCUCAGAGUAAAGAACGUUUAAAGCGUCACGAAAUCUAUCACAAGUUUAAGGUAUCAUGUGUUGCAUAUUACAUAGUGCUGCACUGUGCAGAUUAAAAUUCUCCAAAAACAAACUGUGAAUGUGUUUAUGCGCUUAACUUCCAUUGUUCCUGUACAAAAGUUUACUUCUCUUUUUUACUGUAUUU